AGAUUUUCCAUUGAUUCCAGAAACAAAAACUGUUGUGAAAACAGUCACCCACGUGAGGCUUUGCCGCAUGUCACGCUGCCCCUCCCCCUCAGGAAUAAUGGAUCCUUCCCGGUAAGAUUGCAGCAGGAUUUGCAGUAAACAAGCCUCUGACAUCCUCUUCAUAACCUGCUGUUCCAACGUCUGCUGGAGAUGGUGUACUGUACACGCUCAGUGUAAUAUUGACUGAUCAACUGGACUUGAUUUUGAAAGUUGCUCGAAUUGAAAAUCCAACGGCUUUGUUUUUUUGUUUUUUUGAGGGGUAAAUCCUGCAAGAAUUCAGAGGCCUAGUUAAAUUUUGUUCUUUUGGCGUAAUUUAUGGCUCCAUGAGCUCCGCUGACAGCCUGCGGAGAACCGCUGAGCCGACCGGCGCCCUGCUUAGCCCCGGUGCCCAGCUGGUCCCAGCCAGCUGUUUGUGUGGUCACUCGGAGCUUGGGCCGGUAAACAACAAGGGACUGAGUGGCAGAGGCAACGAUAACAAGAAGAGCCGGCUUGCUGUCUUGAGGUUUGCUAGGAUGCUGGCGGUGGCGUUUAGGAGGUGGACUAGUAAAACAAAGAAGUCUAAGGAGCAGGCCAGACAACCAAUGAGAAGCAGCGAGAGCCAGUCACGUGACAAGACGGCGACCAAUGGGCGCUCGCAGGCACAGUGCAUCAAGCCACAGGCCAGCCGGACCGUCUCGGCGGGCACCAGUUGCCAGCGUGGUUCCCCGUCACCUUCGUCCUCUCCCUCCUCCGCACCGACUUCGUCGUCCCUGCCCUCCACGAGCUCCGAGUACUUGCAGAAUCGACCGUCAGCGUCCGCCGGGACGUCGGCCCUUGCCAAAAAAGACAUGAACCAGUCCCCGCAGCCGGCCGCCGCGCCAAAGAAGAAACAGCGGCAGGAUUUCAAGUUUGGCAAGAUUCUAGGAGAGGGCUCGUACUCUGAGGUUGUUCUUGCCACGGAAAUUGCCACCGGCAACAAAUAUGCAAUCAAAGUCUUAGUGAAGCGGCAUAUAUUCCGGGAGAAGAAAGAGAAAUACGUGAUGCGAGAGAGGGAGGUCUUGAGCAAGCUGGACCACCCGUUCUUCGUCAAGUUGUACUUCACCUUUCAGGACAAGGAUAAACUUUAUUUCGGUCUGAGUCUAGCGCAACGGGGCGAGCUGCUACCCUACAUACAGAAACUUGGCUCCUUUGACGAGAACGCAACCAGAUUCUAUGCCGCUGAGGUUGUACUAGCGCUGGAGUAUCUCCACAAUAUGGGCAUCAUUCACAGGGAUUUGAAACCGGAAAACAUCCUGUUGAAUGAGGAUAUGCACAUACAGAUCACUGACUUUGGCACAGUCAAGAUACUGGAUGCAAACGCAAAAGAAGUACGAGCAAAUUCCUUCGUCGGCACAGCGCAGUAUGUCUCGCCAGAAUUACUAACAGAAAAAUCUGCCAUGAAAAGUUCUGACCUGUGGGCUUUGGGUUGUCUCAUCUACCAGCUUCUAGCGGGCUUGCCUCCAUUCAGAGCAAGCAAUGAGUACAUGAUAUUCCAGAAGAUCAUCAAGCUAGACUAUGAUUUCCCUGAAGGAUUCCCUGAGAAGGCAAAGGACCUCGUCUCAAGACUAUUGGUGUUAGACCCAGUGAAGAGAAUAGGAUGUGAGGAUUGCGGGGGCUUCGCUGAACUCAAAGCCCAUCCAUUCUUUGAGGGCAUCAACUGGGCAAACCUACCCAACGAGACUCCGCCCACCCUCAAACCCUGCAUGGUGGUUGACGGCGAAGAAAUACACAGCGACUUCUAUAUUGAUGAGUUUGACAUGUCGCCGCUGAGCGAAUUCCUGGGACAGAUCAAGACCAACGAGGAGAACAACAGGCAGAAGGACACCAACCAGUACAAGGCCAAGUACGUCCUGCCCUACACCAGAGAGGAGAAAGCCGCCCUGCUGGAGAAGCAGAAGAGGGAGUGCAAGUGGCACCGGUUUGUGGAAGGCAACCUGAUCUUGAAGAUGGCGUCCAUUGACAAGAGGAGGGGUCUGUUUGCCAGGAGAAGGCAGUUCUUACUCACAGAGGGACCUCAUUUGUACUAUGUGGAUCCAGAGAACAUGGUCCUUAAAGGAGAAAUACCAUGGUCGCAUCAUCUCCGCGUUGAGGUCAAGAAUUUCAAGACAUACUUCGUGCACACACCAAACAGGCUAUACUACCUGAUAGACCCGGAGGGCCACGCCCUAGAAUGGUGCCGGGCCAUCGAAGAGGUGUACAGGCACACGUACCAGAAUGAGAAAAAAACCUAAAGCGGGAGGCCGCAGCAAGACUACUCAAGCAAAAAAAAUAGGGAAAACUUCACAAGGCCUCCGUAGUAAAGUAUUGAUUAUUCAUGUUGUGUACGAGAUGGGAGUACUAUUCCACAUACCAGGGUUCGUGUUUCAAACUCUUGCAUCUCUUUAGGAAUAGGCAUAAUGUUAUGGCAAAUACCAUUGACUAUCCAUUCAGAGCUGAGGAGUAGAGGCCCCUGAUGUGGGGGACUUGAGCUCAAAAGGGCAAAUUCUGCUUCAGAAAGCAGCCGAUUUCACAAAACAGUGCGUAACUUACGCCUUGCGUAGAACUUGCACAGCAAAUCUAUUGCGCAGCUGCGCAAUAAAAUUACGAUCAAUUUCACAAAACUUGGCGUAGCUUCGCAAUGAUAUAAAUGUAAACAUCGUGGAAGAGGACAAAAUAGCCUUUUCAACAGGUGUUUGUGCAUGAUUGUGCUUGGUCAAGAAACAGUCGUUAAAUCUCUUCCUGCCGCCAUUUUGAAAUUAAUUUUGCCAGAUUUUCUUCGGAAUCAUGCGGCAACUUUCAAAAUUCUCUCCCAAGUAAAAUCAUUAUUCAUGUACCUCAAACACAAAGCUGUGAGUGUCUUGUAUCAACCUUAAUAAGUUGUGCAAAUGACGGGCUCCACAAAAACCACGAUUUGCUAGUAAAAUGGCUCAUUUUCAGCCAUUUUGCCUUACGCCACCUAAAAUGAUUGUGCAGUUUACGCCAUAAAUUUGUUGGGCAAGUCACAGACUUUAAGCACUAUGAAACUUUCAUGAAAUUUGUCAUAACUGAAAUGGCGCGUAGGCGUCGCAGUGUGAAAUGUCGGGCAGUGUAAAAUGCUGCGCAGCUUGCGCAGUAAAUAUCGGCGCAAGGGAAGUUCUGCCGUUGUGUACAGUUUCGUGGAAUAGGUCGCAAAUCUCAUAAUUAUAGGCCAAAAUUCGGAGUACAUUUAUCUCAGUAUGGAUAUUGAAGUCUACGGAAGGCUUAGGAAAUCAGAUGUUAGUUUGCAAAAUCACAAAUAAAGUCGUAAAAAAACAGUCUUAAAAAAAAGUUGGGCUCUUGCAUACCCUAAUAUUGUAGCAUUCCCUGUGUAUUGGUAGUUUUGGUAAAACGUCAUUCCUUACCGAACGUGUAUCGUGUUGUUGCAAAACGCAAUACCCAAAGUAGACGGAAAAUUGUAAACCUGAGAAAACACAGACAGUAAGACCCAUGACAUCUCAGACUCGAGUCACGCUGGAUUUGUACAUAUUUAAAUAAAUAUAAUAUUAAAAAAGGAGUUGUCAUUGUAUGUGUGUAUGUGAUAGAAUAUGCAAUUUGACAAACAAAGAGAGAUAAAAAAAUUAACUAAAAUUUAAUGGACGUCACUGUGUUUCUGUGGGUAGUUUGCAGAUGAAACUUGUUGGAAUUUCAACAGAGGACAUGAUACUGCAUGCCACUAGAAAACCCAGAAAUGCUUAUAAACAACUGUAAUUUAUAAAAAAAAAAAUAUGCAAAUGAUUGCAUGCCGUCUUAUCAGACUUUUCCAAACUAAUUCGGGAUUGCGGUUGUAUGAUGGUUUGGAUCUCGGAGUAAAACAUGUGGCAAAUAAUUCUGUACAGUGUUCCCCAUAUGUCACUUAUCUUGACCCUCGCAAACUAGUACCAGCAUUAACCCAUUAGCACCCGAGCCCAAUUUCAUUGCGCUGCUAAGCGCGAUAUUUUCCGCUAACAGAGCCUUCGUCAAUUUCAGUUAGCAUGGCAUAUAAGCACGCUUAACCCCAGACUGGGCCCAGAGGAAAAUGUUGCUUAAAUCAGUGAUGUAAUAAGAAAUCUCAAUGUGCGCAGCAAAAUACUGCUUCAGGUUAGCACAAUUUUCCGCUAGACAUUUUAGUAAGCAUUUUAGUAAAUGUUCUGCUUACUGUUACACAGCGCCAUGAAAUUGGGCUCUGAUCUGUAUUGUAUUAAGUCAUAUUUAUACACAGAAGAAUCUGUAAAAACCAUAGAAUGCUCGGGCGGUUUUGGGCACUGGGAGUAACAGGCAGGGCAGUUUGGGGCAGUACAGGGAGUAACAGGCAGGGCAGUUGGUGGCACUACAUGGAGUAACAGGCACGGCGAUUUGGGGCGGUACAGGGACUAAUAAGUUAAAGCAGUGCUGUGAAAUAGGCUCCCAAAGGGAUGUGCCGGAAGCCUGAGGAAUUAUGGGAAGGAGGGGCGUACUGUUAGAUCAAAGAAUUCUGCGGAAGUGUGGAUUGAACUUCUUGCUUGGGGACACUUUUUAAAGAAUAAAAAGCAGGAGAAAGAAUCAUGCUGGCGAGUUUUAAAUAUUUAAACUUCAUCGGUGUGUUGUAGAUAAAAACCAGAAUUGCAACGUUGUAUUUAAUGUUGGUUGGAAUUGUGAGGGUGUUGUAAUUUAAAUACUUAUGCACUGGAAGUUAUUUUUGAUGUACAGCAUAUUGAUUGUACAAGCAGUCGUACAAGCAGAACUCCAUAAAGAGUCGUGACCCAAAAUUGUUGUUUAGGAUCUAUGCUGUAGUAUAAUCAUUAGCGUUGUGACAAAAGUUGCAUUGGAUGAUAAAUAUGCAUCGACAUUCAAAUUGGAAAAAACACCUGUUUAGCAAAAGAAGAUUUAUAAAUAUUAGCAUUGUUUACCAGUCGUCAUUUAUAUCUUGUACAUAAAUCCAGUGGCAGUACUUGUAUGGCAUUUGUCAGCUAAUUUACAUCUCAUUUAAUAUUCACAACGCAUUUUACUAUUCUGGGGGGGGGGGUUACAGUUUCAAACCACAGCAUAGCAUCAAAUAGCGAUCCUUUUUUUUUCUCUUUUCCGAUCUUCAGUUCUAAUUUUUUUUCCAGUUCUGUAAAUAUGGAAUUAUACCUGGACAGAAUAUUAGGCACUCAAGUAAGUUGUACAAAGAAUUAUAUGAAGUAUUGUUUUCAUGUGAUUUAUAUGAUUAUCUAUAAAUAUUAUAAAUAUAUAAUUGUUAUUGGAAUGUGCGUAGGGUAUGUUUAUGAGGAAUUUGGGGAUGGUACCGUCUAUUGUCUAAUGUAUAGGUUUAGGAGUCUUCCUUUGUGGUGAAACUCAGUGUAAUAGAAACAAUAAAACUUUUUACAAGUGACCACAAAAUGUGUGGAUCCUAAACAAA